UCAGUCUGUGUUUUGUCGCCUGCGCAAUAUGCCCUUUCUUUAACUGUCUCUGAGUAUGCCAGUGUUGUUACAGUGAGUAACCCACAGAUUUUGUAAUAAGUCAUGGCUGCACCGUUGGUCAGGAUUUUCUCAAAGUCAUGUAGACAGAUAUCUCGACCAUGGGGUGCAUGCCAGGCUGGAUGGAGGAGCAGGUCCACCACUCCUGCCCCAGAUAUGGCAUCAGACCACCCAGCUGGGCCGCUCUUUCCUCCCCUUCAAACAUAUUCAGAGGAGGAGAGCAUGAUGAGGGAAGCAGUUAAAAAAUAUGCACAAGAGCGCAUUGCUCCGUUUGUGUCAAAGAUGGAUGAAAAUUCUGCCAUGGACGAGGAAGUGCUCAAAUCUCUCUUUGAACAGGGUCUCAUGGGCAUUGAGAUUGAGCCAGAGUACAACGGCACUGGCUCCACAUUCUUCUCCUCAAUUCUGGUCAUUGAGGAGCUGGCGAAGGUGGACCCCUCUGUGGCUGUGCUCUGUGACAUCCAGAACACACUGAUCAACACACUGUUUACCAAACUGGGUACAGCAGCUCAGAAAGAGCAGUACCUGAGCCGACUGUCAACUGACAUGAUUGGAAGCUUCUGCCUCUCUGAAGCAGAGUCGGGGAGUGAUGCCUUCUCUCUGAAGACGCGUGCUGAAAAACACAAGGACUAUUACAUCAUCAAUGGAUCCAAGAUGUGGAUCAGCAAUGCAGAGCAUGCAGGUGUUUUCCUGGUGAUGGCCAAUGUAGACCCCUCUGCUGGAUACAGAGGCAUCACAUGCUUCAUCGUGGACCGGGAUACAGAGGGACUUGAGAUUUGCAAGAAGGAGAACAAGCUCGGCCUGCGUGCGUCCUCCACCUGCCCUCUCAACUUUGACAAUGUCAAGGUACCGGAGAAGAACAUUUUGGGACAGGCUGGUCAGGGGUACAAGUAUGCUAUCGGAAUGUUGAAUGAGGGCAGGAUUGGAAUUGCCGCUCAGAUGCUUGGGCUGGCACAGGGUUGCUUCGACCACACUGUUCCUUACACCAGACAGAGAGUGCAGUUUGGAAAACGCAUCUUUGACUUCCAGGGCAUGCAGCACCAAAUAGCCCACGUAGCAACACAGAUUGAAGCCGGCCGGCUGCUGACAUACAACGCUGCUCGUCUGAAGGAAGCUGGGAGACCUUUCAUUAAGGAGGCCUGCAUGGCGAAAUACUUCACUGCAGAGGUUGCAACCCUAACCACAUCGAAAUGCAUUGAAUGGAUGGGAGGGGUAGGCUUCACCAAAGACUACCCCAUAGAGAAAUACUACAGAGACUGUAAAAUUGGUACCAUUUAUGAGGGCACAACAAAUGUCCAGUUAUCCACUAUCGCCAAGUUCAUUGAUAAGGAGUAUGAUCACUGAAACUAUCUGACCGGAGCCUGAUGGAUUGCACUCUGCUGUGUUUCACUCCACAUUCUUCUUCCCAAAUGACUUUGGGGGAAUGCAUUGCUGUAGAUCUGCUUUUGUGUUUCUAGGGUUUUGUUGCAGUUAUAGAUGUUUGUUCUCGAUAUCACCAAUUUUGACUCUUAAGUAGUUUGCACUACUGAUGUUACUGAUGUUGUGGUUACAUUAUCCCAGCUUUAGGGUUAAAGUUGCUCUGGUGCAGUAAUGUUUUUUUUCCAUUUGCUCUCCAUCAGACCAUUCCGAAAGUCUAUAAGACGGUGUUUGUCAUAUGUAGAGCUCUACCACUUCCCUCUUGUCCAUAUUUCUUGUUUUAGGUGUAACCUAAUUGGAGAGGGCUGGAGCCUGGACAUCAAAUAUCAGACAUGAGGCGCCAGAAUUAGGGAGAGUGAGCCAGCAGAUUCCACAAAAAAGGGACUUUAUUCAGACAUGAACUUCCUGUUUAACUUUGUCAAGUGGUGGGUCUGUAUUAGUUACACAAACAGAGAAAAAUGUAUGACAUAAAAGAUCAGUACCAUGUAUUUACUCAUCUUAAAUAUUCUUAAUUAUCUAACUAAAAUUCUCUUUGGCUCUGAACAAAGUUAGAUAAUAACAAACACAAACAAUACAUCAGUUAAACACUGGAAUCAGUCAUAAAUGGAAGGCAAACUGAUACACCUUAAAGAAUAUUUCACUUUUAGACACUUAGCAAGCGUAAUGGAACACAGGUCUGGUUGAUGGAAGAAAAAAACAGAGCAAUGGCCUCCUCCUAGUUAUAAGAGCACUGUUUCGGGCCAGAUGAGUUCACCUAACUGAUUCCAGACAUUACAGGUGGGCUCGUUGCUCGUCCCAGAGCUCAACAGGAAACACUUCUUCUGUUUAUUGCGAUAUGGUGAUGAAUCAUGUCAGCAUAACAUAACUGAUCCAUAUGGUGCAAAAUGAGAAUUUUGAAAGAUAUUGUUUGGUAUUGUCUUUGUAUGUUUCGGUGCCUUCAGAGUCUGUUAUGACUCGGCUCAAUAACUUAAAAGUGUGUCUUCUUCGCAGGAUACUCUCAAAUAGGUGAAUUGUAACAUUUCCCUCACUUAUAUGAUCUGUAAAUACUAUACAGUUCCUUUUCACAUCAUAUGAAGAAAUUCUCUGUAUAGAGCGAUCUGUCAAUAACUAUAUAAUAUUAAUAAAUGUGAAGUAUGCUGUAGUGCAA